AUGGGUUUAAAGUUGGUGGUUCUUGGCCAUGUUAUUCUGGUUUUGUCGACCCAAGCCCUCCUCCGGGCCAUGGGUCCAUCCUUGACACCGGUGGGCUUGUACACUAUUGGGGGGGGAGACGGGGGCGAAGCCAGGCGAUGCGCGGUUUGCAGGGGAUCGAGUUUAUGCGUUUUGGACGAAGAGGUUGCCUGGUCACCAUUGUUUCAAGAACGAAUAGGGAGAAUUAAAAGAGGGAUAGAGAAGGAGGGAAAUGAAAAGGGAAAACCUUGUAUAGAUACCGCCACUGUUUUGUCGCAAACGGGAGACCUCGCGCUUCGUUCAUUGAGUGGUUGUAAUGGAGCUGCUCUCCGUGUCAAGUUGUAA